AGGAGAAAACUAAUUUUAGUGAAAAAAUAAAAAUAUAUAUUAAAAUAAAUUAAUUAUUAAAAUUAUAAAAACAUGGGUUCAUCCAGCACCGGCAAGCAUAAACACAAAAAAGAAAAAAAACAUAAGCGUCAUCGCUCAAGAUCUCCCAAAGAACUUCGCAGUGGCGAUGAAGAACAACAAAUUGAUUUGACAAGCGAACAAUCCAAUAGUCGCCAUCGUCACCACAAACAUAAGAAACACAAGGAACGCCAUCGCGACAAGCAGCAUAAGCACCGUGAGCGGGAUCGUGAGGAACAAACCAAUGAAGUGAUAGCUUUGGCCGAGUCUGAUUCAGACAGUUCCGACUGUGUAGAAGUACCGGUUGAUUCUAAAUCCAACAGCAAUACUGAAACGGAACGUAGUGCUCCGCCACCACCUUUGCUAACGAAAAAUGUCGAUUACGAGGAGGAACGUCGUCGACGUGCUUAUGAGAAAGAAAGGGAUAGGGAACGCGAACGCGAGAAGGAAAAAGAACGCGAGAGAGAUCGUGAACGACACAAAGCUUAUGAAAGGGCACGAGAAAAGGAACGAGAACGCGAGCGUUAUGAAAAAGAACGAGAAAUGGAAAGACGCCGGGAAAGGGAUAGCCGUGAUGAUGAAAUGGAUCGUGAAAUGCGUAAGGAUCGUGAGAGAAACCGUGAAAGGGAACGUGGAUAUGAGAGAUCUGAAAGAGAAUAUCAUCCAAGACAUCGUUCUGAAAGAGAAGAAAGAGAAUUUGAUUCUCCUAGAGAUGCCGAAAAACACAAUAGGGAUCGUGAGCGUUCUUCUGAAAGGGAUAGACCUAGAGAAAGAGAUUUUUCACCUAUACCAUCAAAUGGAGCCGGAGAUUGUCUCUCCAUAGAGGAAACUAACAAAUUAAGAGCUAAAUUAGGUUUAAAGCCGUUAGAAGUAGAAUCUGGGCCAUCUAAACCAUCAACAUCGGCGGCUGCUGCCGAAGCCAAGAAACCAGGUGAAAAAGAUCUGUCUUCCUAUAAAGAUGAAUGGGGCGAAUUUUUACAUAAACCUGCGGAAAAUCUUAAAGAGAAAGCUAAAGCGGAAAAAAUGCGAGAAAAAUUGAAGCAGCGUAAAGAAAAGCGUUUCCUGGAAGAAAGAUUGGCUCGCAUCAAGACCUUAGGUGAGUCGGACGAAGAAGUAGAUGAUACCAGCAAGUGGGUGCAGCGUAACAAAAAGGUGGUGGAUGAGAAAAAGGCAGCUGAAGAAAGGGCCAAGGCUUUAGAAGAAAUGGAUCAAGAAUUCGGCAUAGACGAUUUGGUAGAAAAGGAAAAAGAUGAAGCACGCCGUAAAGCCUACACAGAAAAACAUCUAAGGGGUCUUAAAGUCGACCAUGAUAUGGAUGAAUUUUCUGAAGGUAAAACUAUUAUUUUAACGCUUAAAGAUGCAGACGUCUUGGAUGAGAAAGAGGGUGACACUUUGAUCAAUGUCAACAUGUUGGAUGAUGCCCGUUUUCGAAAAAAUGUUGAAAAUAAGAAGAAAAAUCCUUUGGCUUACGGAUACAAUGUAUACGAGGAACAAUAUGAUGAGUUGGGUAAUCCAAUUGAAAGAAACAUAUUGGAGAAAUACGAUGAGGAUUUGGAUGGAAAUAAAUUGAAAACGAAAAAUUUCGUAAUUGGGGAAAAUUUAGAUGAAGUACGAGAACAUCGACGUAAAUUAUUGGAAAUUAAAACGAAAUUAGCCGGCAAACGCUUAGAAACUUUAGCCGAUACAGAAAUCACUUUGGCAUCCGAUACAUUGACGGAAACUGAAAUGGCUAAAUUUAAAAAACCUAAAAAGAAAAUCAAAAAAUUAAGACAAAAACUUAAAGCCGAUGACCUUCAACCAUUAGAGGAAGAUACAACUCAUUUUGGAAGUCGUAGAGGACGUCAUCGCAGCAUCAGUGAUGAAAAUGAUCCCAUGGAUUCAGAAAUGAAUUUAAAAAUUGAAGAACAAGAUGACGAUCUCGAACGUGUACUCUCUAAAGCACGUAAACUUAAACAAAAGGAGAAUAUCAUUAAGAAAUCAUUGCCCAAUAUCGAAUCUAUGCAACCUGAAAUCAAACCAGAAAUCGAAGAAGACAACGAUAUGGAUUCCGAUGUUAACCGUGAUGCUCAUAUCAUUCUUAAUGCCACAGCUGAAUUUUGCCGAACAUUGGGUGAUAUUCCCACUUAUGGUAUGGCCGGUAAUCGUGACGAAGAUUCCAAUGAUAUGAUGGACUUUGAGACGAUCGAAAAUGCCGAAGAGAGAUUGGGUGAUAACACCGAUGAUAUGAUAGAAGCUAGUCAUGGUACUUGGAAUUCCGUAAAUCCCGAUGAAGUUAAUCAACCAGCUGACUUGGACAACAUUGUUGAUGAAGUGGAAGAAGUGGCCAUAUUGGAUGAAGAACCAGACGUGGGUGCUGGUGUAGCAAAUGCACUACGUUUAGCCUUAUCAAAGGGCUAUUUGGAAAAGGAGGAUCUCAAUCGACCAAGCAACUCUAAAAUGGCACAUUUACAAGCUAAAAACUAUUCGAUAGAGGAUAAGAAUACAGCUGAAGACGAUAAAUUUGGCCGACGAGAUCGUUUCCAGCAUGGCCCCAUUAUGGACUUCAAAGACAAGAACAAUUUCAAUCCAAACGUAAAAUUGGAAUAUAUUGAUGACAAUGGACGCAUCUUAAAUUUGAAAGAGGCCUUCCGUUAUUUAUCACAUAAGUUCCAUGGUAAAGGUCCAGGCAAAAAUAAAAUUGAAAAACGUUUGAAGAAAAUGGAACAAGAAGGUCUAAUGAAAACCAUGAGUUCAACUGAUACACCAUUGGGUACACUCACCAUGUUGCAGCAGAAACAAAAGGAAACUAAAACUCCGUAUGUGGUGUUAAGUGGAGGAAAACAGACGACGAAUAAUGUAGCUGGUUCAACAAUAUCAAAGUUUAAGUAAAAGCAAAUAUAGAAUGCACUGUUUGGACACUAUAAUAAACCAAAUUUACCCAUAGAUUACAAUAGUUAUAAAUAUCGAUAUUGAUUACAUAGAUUUAGAAACACAUACAUAGCAAACAGUUUCAGUGGAUCAUAACAUUUCAAAAAAAAAAAAUCUAUUUGUAUGCAAAAUUUUGCUUAUAACAAUGUCAUUUUUAUUUUCAAAAAUACCAAAAAUUCAAUAUCAAAAUUCUUAUUGCUUCAAAUAGAAUAUUUGUAUCCAGUUUUUAAAAACAACUUUAAAAAAAUUAUUAUUACGAGUUUAAUUGUCAGGCUUAGUUGCUUGGUUCUAAAAUUAUUGGAAAUUGCAUUAGUUUAUACAAUAUUUUCGGUAAUGAUCUGCUGGAAUUUGAAUUUAACCAAAAAUAAACCCCCAUACAUACACAGUUUAUUUGCAAUAGUCAUUUUUUAACUUACUUUUUACCAUAAAACUUGCUCUCCAUAAUAAAAAUAUGGUCACGUUAAGUCUAUUUGGGCAAUGUGACCAUAACUUAGCAACUUAUCUAGAUUAUAUCAGUUUCAUAUUAUUAUAUGUGUCACUUGCAAUUUAAACAUUUUUUUUUUUAUAAUUAUAAUAUUUAUGUAAGAUUUAUAUAUUAUAUACAUACAUACAUACUUUUUCAUUUAUUUUUGGCUACUCUUGUUAUAGUUUGUAUAAUUAUGAAUUCAGUUUGGAAUUGAACUACAAGUUUAAAAAAGAAUAAAGAACCAAAAUAAACAAAACAUUUAAAUACAUUCUAUUAAACCCAAAAA